AUGCCUGAGCCCCACUCUCCCUGCACCUUCACUUCCCAUUUUCCCUUUCAGCCUUAUCGCACCACCCGCACCUUGCCAAUCACCUCCAACCACGCCCAACACCACUCCAGCUCCCUUCUCAACCCUUCACUGGAGCCUGCGCAGCCCCUAUUCAACUCCGGCUGCAGCUCCUCCACUGCGACUCACAACACCACCAAACGGCCACCACGAGCCCCUCACAAUCGCUGGACCACCACCACGACCAUCCCCAUCUCCAGCCUCUCUAAUCUUUCCCACCACAAAUCACCACCGCUCCUCCAUCUCACCGUAGCUAACCGCCACCACUGCACCAGCCCUAGCCACUUACACGACCGCCUUCAUCCACAAAAUUCUUUCUCAUUCCCCUCCGCUGCCACCUCAACCGCGCCACUACGAACCAUACCUCGACAACCCCACAGCGAACGCAAUCUACGCCCCCAGUCGCACCUCUCUGUGACCCACCUUCCCAUUCACGUCGCGACUAUCCGUGGUUGUAUCCAAGUGGAGGCGUGUGGUUCCAGUGCGGUUUCAUUCCGUUUAUUUGAUUGUGCAUUAUGCUUCAAUUUGAUUAUGUUGGUUGUUUCUGACGAGUUUAGUUUAAAUGGGGGUCGUUUCAAGGAAGAAUUUGAAAAGGCAGUGAGUGUGGUUGGAGACACUCCAUCUAAAGGAAUGUUUAUAGACUCUUGCUUCACCCAUUGUCAAACAUUAUCAACAGAGACAUGGUUUAAAGCUGACUCACCACAUCUUGCCAAUACAAUAAUUGGUAAGGCAGCAGGGGACUGGUUUUAUGAUCGAAGCCCUUUCAGCCAUGUAGAUUGCAAUUAUCCUUGCAACCCCACUUGUCAGAACAGUGUUUCUGAUCUAAAAGACCACCCUGAAAUAUAG